AUGCACGUUUACGUACUUGGCGGUUCCAAGAACAUUGGCUACUUUGCUGGCCUAAGACUCCUGAAGCAAGGAGCAACCAUCACGUAUCUCCUGCGUUCUCCAAAUACGUUCGAUAACGAUGCAGAAAUGCAGCUCUACAUUCAGCAGGGCAAGGCCCAGCUCGUCCGUGGCGACGGCCUCAAUCUCGAGGACGUCCGAAACGGGUGGCAGAAAGCCCUCGAAGCUGGAAACGGCAAAGUUGACGUUGUCCUCUUCACCAUCGGCGGAACCCUCGCAUUUACUCUGAAAGGCGGUCUUGCCCUCAACCAUCCCAACCUCUGCACCCAAUCCCUCCUCAAUGUCCUAAGCUCCAUACCCUCCUCCCUCCGCGCGCCGGACUCCCAACCUCACUUCGUCGUCGUCACUUCGAUGGGGUGCACUGCUGCCUCGCACAAGGCGGUCCCGCUCUCGCUCAAGCUGUUCUACAACAUCCUCCUCCCGGCUCCGCACGCGGACAAGCUCGGGGCGGAGCGCGUGCUCGCGCAUGUCGCGGGGCUCUCUUGGCAGGCUGAGGACAAGGUCAAGGCAGAGAUCUUGCCGGAGGGAUGGGAGGGCACCCCGGGACUGCCUGGGCCGGGGGAGCUGAAGCACGUAGUCGUUAUCUGGCCGUCACUGUUGACGGAUGGAGUCUGUAAGGCAGAUGAGGAGAGGAAGCCUGGUGAGCACGCGCCGUAUCGGGCGUUGAAGGAUGGGCACUCUGGGGACGCAUAUCGCAUCUCGAGGAAGGAUACGGCGCACUUCAUCGUUCAUGGGGCACUGGCUAAUUGGGACAAUUGGGAGGGUUCGCGCGUGACCCUUGCUUACUGA